CUAAACACAAACCCAACAUAUCUUUGAGAAGAAAAAAAGUAGAGUGAGACAGAGAGAGAGAGAGAGAGGAAAGCUGCUAGCAGGAGAAAAAAAAGCAUGGAGUUUAUCUAUGGUUUACAACCUAUACCUAUACUUCUGUACUUUGUUCUUCCUUUAUUGUUCUUGUUGAGUAUUGUAGUUAAGAAACGUUCGAAACUACCGUACCCUCCUGGACCAAAAGGGUUACCGGUGAUUGGAAACAUGUCAAUGAUGGAUCAACUGACUCACAGAGGGUUAGCCCAACUUGGUAAAAAAUACGGUGGAAUCGUUCACCUGCGCAUCGGAAUGCUUCAUAUGGUUUCUGUCACCUCUCCUGAUAUAGCUCGUCAAGUUCUUCAAGUACAAGACAAUAUUUUCUCUGAUCGACCUGCGAACGUAGCGAUUAAAUACCUGACUUAUGAUCGCUCGGAUAUGGCUUUUGCGAACUACGGUCCGUUUUGGAGACAGAUGCGUAAAAUAUGUGUCAUGAAACUUUUUAGCAGGAAACGUGAAGAAUCAUGGAAUUCUGUAAGGGAAGAAGUUGAUUCUACAAUCCUGACCGUGUUGCCGCAAACUGGGUCACCUGUUAACAUCGGGGAAUUAGUUUUCAUGCUCACUAUGAACAUAAUCUAUCGAGCAGCUUUCGGGUCAGACGUGGUUCAAGGUAAAGCAAAAGAACAUUUCAUAUCCAUUUUACAAGAAUUUUCAAAGCUGUUUGGCGCGUUUAAUCUAGCCGAUUUCUUCCCUGGGUUAAACUGGCUUGAUCCACAAAGUCUUACGACAAGACUAACAAAGGCUAGGAAGUCACUGGAUGGAUUUAUCGACAAAAUUAUUGACGAACAUAUGGAGAAAAAGAAAAUUAACGGGGGUUGCCUUGAUGGGGACGACGAUAUGGUAGAUAAUUUGCUUGCAUUUUACAGUGAAGAUGGCAAGAAAGAUGUCGCUCAUGAGGAUCUUAAGGUUUCUAUCACUUUAAGUCGAGAUCAUAUCAAAGCUAUUAUCAUGGAUGUAAUGUUUGGAGGAACAGAAACAGUGGCAUCUGCAAUAGAAUGGGCAAUGGCAGAACUGUUACAUAGUCCAGAAGAUUUAAAGAAAGUUCAAGAGGAACUAGACGAGGUAGUAGGACAAAACCGUAGGCUCCAAGAGAGUGAUCUUGAAAAAUUGACAUACUUAAAAUGUUGCAUAAAAGAAACACUAAGACUUCACCCACCAAUUCCACUUCUUCUCCACGAAAACUCUCAAGAAACUGAAAUUGCUGGGUACACAAUUCCAGCCCGAUCACGUGUUACCAUCAAUGUGUAUGCUAUAGGACGCGACCAAGACGCUUGGGUUGAUGCCGACACAUUUAAGCCAUCGAGAUUUCUCAAUGAAGGUGCUGCUGAUUUUAAAGGAAGUAAUUUCGAGUUUCUACCAUUUGGAUCAGGUAGACGUUCUUGCCCUGGUAUGCAACUAGGUUUAUAUGGACUAGAGUUGACUGUGGCGCACCUUCUUCAUUGUUUCUCAUGGAAUUUACCUAAUGGUAUGAAACCUAGUGAGAUGAAUAUGAAUGAUAUGUUUGGGCUCACUGCACCAAGAGAAGUUCGACUUGUUGCAGUACCUAGUACUCGUUUGAAUUUCCCUUUAUUUUGAGCAGAAGGUUACAAGGUGCACAAAAUUUGGCCGCUUUCUGGAUUGUUCUCUUCAGUGUGUUUAUGAGUAAACUGUGUGUUUUCUUCAACUUUGCUAGGCAUGAGGUGGUCGAGUCCUCUGGCACCACGCUCUCUUACAUUUAGGAUAAUUUAGACAACUGGUAUUUCCCUUCCAUUUUGGAGUCUCUCAUGAUGGUACAAAUGUAAAGAGUUGGAACCAAAAGAAACACUGUAACUGUUGUGUAUAUAUGCUAUGCAAUCUUAUGAGAGAUUAAUAAUGAAACCUACUAUGAUGUUUGCUUUAGUUUUU